AUGCACAUGAUUGUGCAAAACAAAUAUCAUCAUACGAUUUUCUUUCUUAUCAGUUACGGCCUCACGGAGACCUGCUCUAGCGGUGCUAUUAUGGAAUGUGGCGAUCUGCGUUGCAACCACGUUGGUGCUCCUCUUUCUUCCGUAGAGAUAAAGCUACGUGCAUGGCACGAGGGUGGAUACUCACCUCAUGAUUCACUCGGCCCACGUGGUGAAAUUCUGAUUUCAGGCGGGCCUGUUUCACGAGGUUAUUUUCAUCAUCCAGAAUUAACUUGCCGUGAUUUCGUCACUGAUCCAGAUGGCCGGCGCUGGUUCUGCACGGGUGAGUCAUUCGGGACUCAUACUACUCUUCAAAUAGGGAUAUGCAAUAAACUAAACUAA